AGAGCCCACAAACGACCCCCUGGAGGGGAGAAAAAAAAAACUCUGAGUCCUUCACAGAAAAGCUGGAUUUAUGCUGAGACUAAGUUACACACACAUGUGUUUAUUAAUUAACCCCAUGGUAACCAAGGAUGGGGAAAAAAAUAGAAUCCACUUCAUGAUUUUGCAAUACUUUGUGUUGAUCUAAUGGCCUCAAUAAAUUAAAGUGAAGUUUGCAGUUGCUGCAUGCUGUUAAUCAAUGAGUAAGCAUACUUUUACAAAGCCUUAUCUGCCUAAAUACUGGAAUUAUGUGCAUAACAGUGUUGGGUGUUUAUGGGAGUGAAAUCUUUUGACAAAACAUUGACAUGUGCUCCGUCCUCCUCCUGGCUAUUGGCUGUCUGUAAUCUUCCCUCUGCUGGUGUGUUGUGAGCCGAGGGAGGCCAUCAUGAACUCCCCCUGCAGACAUUUAGAGCUCUUGCUUUGUAGGCCUGUGUGCUGCUUCCCAUCUUCUUUUUUUUUAACACGUGUCUUUUCAUCUUUGUGAGUUUCAAUUCUAAAUCACUCUUUCAUGUGCUCCAGUUCAGACGGAGCUGAAGGGAUUUCAUAGCGUAGCUUUCUUAAGCUUUUGCAAACCUGAGUGGACACAUUCUGCAGUAGCUUUGCCACAAAUAUCAUCCCACGGCAUUCAGGUAUCUUUCUUUUAAGAAGAUCUGAUCGUGCCCUUUGUUGUGAUCUGCAGGUAUAGAUUUAUGCUUCAUGUGAUUUCUUUGGAAGACAAAUAAUGCCGUGAGUUUGCCACUACACGCUGUCUGAUGGCCCUGAGUCAGGAACGCUUCGAUGUGAGCUAUUAAAUUGAUGGAAGAGGUUCUUUUUCAGCGUUCUUGCAGUCAGCACCGAGCCACAUUGUGCCUGCACUCCUCCACUGUGCAGUAACACUCUGCUCGGCGUCGUGUGCUUCCCGUUACUUCUCUCUCUUUGUUUCUUUCUCUCUCUCUUUCUUGGCUGUCACCUCCGAGGCAAUCUGCUGUUUGGCAGUUUAAACGGCUAACAAGUGGACCACAAUGAAAAAACUGCCAAGAGAAAAGAACAGGUCAGUUCUUUGAUCACGAGCGCAACAGUGUUUUGUUUUGUUUUUAUGUUAGACAAGCUUCAGACAGGCCCCUAAACUCUUUGUACUGUUUGGCUGUAGGUUUUAAGUAAAGCAGCUUCAGGACGGAUGUAAGUGCGCAGAGCAACAGGACUUGGUAACUCAUCAGCUUCUGUGACUAAUUGGGAUCAACCAACAGAAGUGCUUUCACAUAAACCAGGCUAAUUAAACACAGUUUUGAUUAACCUCCUAAAGUGACCGUUUUAGAUCACUUUUGUCCCAAAGCAUUUCGCCUUCUGGACCAGAGAAAACAAGGCAGAGACAUGACAGGACAUCAAAUGUUGUUCUAGCUCAGAUUGGAAGAUUUUCCAUCAGUUUUGAAGUGAAAACCCUGAAGACACGGCGGCUGGUAGAAGAAUGUGUGUAAUGCUAAAUGGAAAUGAUGCAUUAAUGUAUCUUUUUUUAUUUUAUUUUAAUGAACACGUCAAGUUGCAAUUAAAAUGACAGCAAUGCAAACAAUAAACCUUCAAAGGAGUGGGUAGAAGUGUAAACCUAUUAAAACCCAACCCUUCUCCAGCAACAUCACAAAAUCUCAUCCUGUUUGAAAAUAUUGCAUCAGAAUACCUUCAUUCUACUUUCAAGUUCUACUAAUAAUACUAAUAAUAACUCUAAUAUUAACAACAAAGUAACCAUAAUGUUGAGGCUAACAGUGCUUUGCAACAACAACACAGUACAUCAAGACAGUUUCUCAUAUUUACUGUAAAUCAUUUCCUUAUACAAAAAUUUUAAUUGGUUCAUGUUUGGGCAUUGAUUUUGUUCCAUGGUUUUACACCACAGACUGCAACACAAAAACUCCCUGUGGUUCUGAUCUUACAAACUUUGAAUUUGUCUUACCCUCAGAAAUUAUAAAAUCGUUCUUCUUUUGAGAACAAUUUUUGAUUUUUUUUUUUCUGGUAACUGUUGAUUUUGUGCUUUAAAUAAGACACGCUGUUUGUAAACUCACCAAAUCAGUAAGUUUUAAUAAUUUCUCUGAAUUCAGACGUUAACAUCUGGAAUAAUACCAGUUGUAUGUAUGGAAUUUUAACGCCAAUACUCAAUAUUGCAUUGCUGCGUAUCGGCCGAUCCGAUAACGACCCGAUACGAUAUCAGCAAAAGUCAUACAUACUUUUAUUACUUAUUUUUUGGAGUGGAAUGUUAGAAGAGACUUGAUCAAGUGAUGUAAUUCAAAAAAGAGUCAACAAUAGGUACAAGAACUGGCCUAAUAUAACGUGGAAGGAGUUGAGUGCUUCUAUCAACAUAAUUAUAUCAGAGAUUUUAGAUGCAUUUCAAUAUAAUCUGGUAAUCUUUUUCUUUUUUUGAUUGAUUGAUUGAUUGAUUGAUUGGACUGAUUUCUAAUAUGAAAAUCAGGUUGAGAUGAUCCUGAUAUGCACAGCAGGCAAAGUUCUGCCAAUGCCCUCCAGAAGUAUUGACAUCCUUGAUAGAGAUGGUUAAAAAAUGCAUUGACAUAAAUUUGUGUUUUGUUGCCCUCACACACCUUCCAACACGGAUCUUUAUCUGUUGAUUUGAGUGAAUCUAUACAUUGAGAUUCAUCAAUAAUCCAUAUAUAGGGAAUUCAACUAAAUAUUUUUUUAGGUUGUAAAUUUUUAACUCUCAAAGAAUUUAAAACUGAUCGAAAAGUAUGACUUUUUACGUUAUGUGUCUUAUUUUAGAACAUCCGAUUCGAGAUUAGACCUAUUAAGCAAAUCAGGCAGAAUGCUUGACCUAAUCACGCUGUCAGACGAAAUGGCAAAUCAGAUCUCUGUAAUCGCUAGCGCUUGUGCUUCUGCCCCUGGCACUGGCUUUUGCUCAUGCUUUUGCUCAUUUUCCUGUAUUUUUCCCAGUAAAAUACUGUGUAAACAUAAGCCAGCGACACUACCACCGAGUAUUUUUAACUUCUGUGUGGCCUAAGCUGUAACUGUGGUUGAGUGAAAAUGCCAGCGGCCAGCCCGCUCUUUCUGUCACACACUCUGCUUGUGAGGGGAAAGUGAUCAGAGUGAUAGUGACUUCCACCAUGAUAAAACUGGGUCAGUGUAACCCCAACCCCCCUCCACUACAGGCAAGGCUGAAAGAGAGGGGUGGAAAAGAGAUGAGGAUACCAUCACCAGACUGCGCGAGGACUUAAACAUGGAGACACUGGAGCACGGUUUGCUUUCCCGAUGGCUUUGCGUAAACCCAGAUGCCUCCCCUCCCUCUUGACGAGCGCAUAGUGGUCAUUCAGCGCCCCAAAAACGUGUGUGAGGCUUCCCCACAAACCAUCCCACAGCAUUCCUCUCAAAUAUCAACCUCUACCAAUGGACGGGUUCUCCAGCCUUCGCAUCUCCACGCCUCUCAUUCCCGUUUUUACUCACCCGCGUGUAAAUCUGUGAAUGUGGAAUGCAAGCGCAGGUCAUCCCGGGUGCAGAGAUUCAAAGGCGACCAGCCUGUCAUCCCAGCAGAUGUCCUCCACAUCCCGAGCCACUGCCAUAGCAAUGGCACAGUAACACUAGCCCCACGGCUUCCCUCCCACACACAUACUAUUGAUAUCAAGGUAUCGGUGGACAAAAGGAGAUGGGGAGAAUUAAGUAACUCAUUAGGGCGCGCUGGAAGUGUAAAAGGUAGCAGAGGGAAAUGCGUCUCUUCCCAGUUUGAUCAAGGACAAUGUGAGAGAAAAACCGGAAGCUUUGGGAGGCCCUGUGGAUUUGAGCAUAAGCCACAACAAGUCCGUCAGCUGUCGUCGUCCCCUGGAGGGAUCCUCCAGUUUGUCCCUGCUCAGGCAAAUCAGCAUACAUUCAGGGGUGAAAAGGAGAAAGAAAACUCUAGUUUUCAUUACAGAGGUGACCAGGAAUUUCCCUCUUUGGGUCACAGGAAAAGUUCCAAGCUGGGAACUGUUCAUCAAAGCCAUAAUAGCCACAGUCUGCCCUACCACCACCACUCUGUUCCUGUUCCCCAUGCCGCCAUCCUAAACUCCACCUAUCCUUCGUCUCCCCCAUCCCAAACCACUCAUGUCCCAGUCUCCUUUCAGCAGCUUAACCAACCUCACCCUCCUCGCACAAGGGAUCACCGCCCUCACAUUCUUCACGGUCUUCCGCUGUCCCCUUGCUCCUCCCGUGUCGGAGGGUUCCCUAGUCCAGACCACACUUGUACCAUUGACUGUACGCACCCAUUCAACUGUGGCUGCUGGAGGUUGGUAAGAUGCACAGGAUGUAAAGGAGACUCUUCCAGUUACCAAGGAGGUGGAGGAAGCACUUCUACCUCAUUUUCCUGUGGCCACAAUGUCGGCGCAGUGAAGAGAGGAAGUAAAGACAUGGGCCUGAAGAAUCUGGGUGGCUGUCUCUCCACAGCUUCCACAUCAAACACUUCCUCAUCUAACAGCACUGCUUCUGGUUGUCGAGCAGCUCUGUUCAAACCUCUACCUUGUGCCUCCUGCGGCGGAGAGGCUGGAAACUUUGAGAGUCCUGCUAUCCUUCGGAAGAAGCUAGUAGGAGGAUGCCUUCCCUGUACUUCUCUGUCGUCUUCAACCCCUUUGCGGGCGAUCCAAAGCUGUGUGUCUGGUUGCAACAACAAAGCAUCUCAGACUGGCAGUUCUUCCUGCAGCUACUGCAGCAGCGACCCAAUAGUGGUGACGUUCAACCCUCGCCGGGGGAAACCUCCUGGAAGAGGCAUAGGACCGACUCACCCAAUGGCUAUGCUACAAGCUGACGAUGAUGACUACAGUGUUCGCACCAUCUGGCCUGACGAACUGGCCAAGAAAAUGACCCAUUCUAAAGCUCAAAAGAACAACUAUGCUGGGAUGGGUGUUGGGAAAAGCUGUUCUAGCCAGACCCAGAAUGGCAGUAAUGGACCCGGCCUUGCCCUCUUGGACUGUCAGAAUCUUCAGGAAUACGCUCAGACUAAUUUCACAGACCAUGCUGGCCGACGACGACUUCAGCAAGGCAAAAUGGCUGCCCUUGGUUUUGUAGGCAGUAGGUUGGGAUCUAGCUACGAUGAUGGCCGUAACUCGUUGAAGAGGCUCUUGAAUAAAGCAGAAGAUGUUGGAAUGAGUGACAGUCCUGAGCAUGGCCAAGUAUAUCCACGAUCGCCCCCUCCCCGCUCCGUGUCUCCGCCAUCACCCGUGUCCUUUUCCCCUCCCCCUUCAGCCCCCAGCACACUCAUCAAACCCAAACCCUGGCAGAGAGAAAGGGAGGGAGGACACUCUCUGCCGUCGGCUCAGUCCCUUCACCUGGCCCUGAACUCCCUUAACAGAGAGCAAGAUGAGGAGAACAACCGAAUGAGGCUGUCUUUGCCACUCUCCUCAUCGUUGCCUGCUUCCCUGUCCGAUGAAACUGUGAUGACUCCCGAUGCGGAGAACGCUGUCAUCAGCCCAAUCCUGCCCUUCCUGUUCCUGGGGAACGAGAGAGACGCCCAGGACCUGGACCUGCUGCUACGCCUCAACAUUGGCUAUGUGGUAAAUGUGACCACACACCUGCCUCUCUACCACACCAACGCGGGACUGCACUACAAAAGGCUCCCAGCCACUGACAACAGCAAGCAAAACCUUCGGCAGUACUUCGAGGAGGUUUUUGAGUUUAUUGAGGAGGCAUAUCAGAGUGGACAGGGUGUGUUGGUUCACUGCCAGGCAGGUGUGUCCCGUUCUGCAACCAUCGUCAUCGCCUACCUUAUGAAGCACACCCUCAUGACAAUGACGGACGCCUACAAGUACGUGCGGAGCCGUCGGCCCGUGGUUUCGCCCAACCUGAACUUCAUGGGUCAGCUCUUGGAGUUUGAGAGGGACCUCAACUCCGGGGUGACUCCUCGGAUCUUGAUGCCUAAACUAAAUGGUGUGGAGACGCAGGUUUGAAGGGGGGAGUCAAGGGUCAGGACUGGGUAGCAUUAAACGGGCAUUAAAAAGAAAAAGAGUGCAGCACAUUUUUAGAGCGACAGGUCGAGAGAGAAUACCGGAGAAUCUUGGUGGGUUUGGCAAAUAGUGCACUUUCAAUACUGUGAAACAUGAGACAGAGGACUGAAGGGUUCAUUUGUUUAAUUGUUAGACAAUUUGAUCCCCAUCCAGUGUACUGUUUAUAAGAUAACGUGCCAAUAUUUUGUACAGCUCCGACAUAAUUCAGAUAUCUUUUUUUAAAAUCUAAUACCUCUUCCUUUUUGUUCCUGUUUACAGUCAACGUUCAUGCAGGAAGAGUGACUUUCUUGCCCAAAAUCAUAAAUGCAUGCAGAACCUGAAUGCAACAUGGAAAGGGUUCAUUGUCAAUCAUUCUUCUGCAACAGCUCUUUACUACUUUCCACCACAUGUAGCAGCGCAAUGCACUUUACUGUCCAUUCAUUUGUUAUCAGAAAGAUGAGAUAGAAGCUCAAUUACUCUUUUUAAAUCACUAACUUUGCUUUCAUUUAAUCAGUUUCUUUUUUUUUUUUUUAGUUUAAACUGUGGAACAUUGAGGCGUGGACCUAGAAAGGAAAGGUUGUUUUUUUUUUUGUUUGUUUUUUUGCCAUUUCAGAGGUUAAAUCUUGCAAACUCGAGUUUAAAUGGUGCAUUAACAUGCAAUGUCAAUGCCAACAUUUAGAAAUGCAGGUUUUACAACUGUAUAAAUGCAUUUAUUCCACUACAAUAGCAUUUCCUAGCAUACAGCUGAGUAGAUGGUUGGGUUGAUGGCAUGGGUUCCUGCUGUUGCAAUGUUCUUUUAAAUCUUCUCAAAUUUUGAAACCUAAUUUCUUUCUUUUCUUUCUAUGUUACGUUGUAUUUCUGUGUUUCCUGCUUAGUUUAAUAUGUAGCAUGAAACAGACCUGCAGUCUUUUCUAGAAAUCAAAAGAGCACAUGGGCGACAUUAAGGUCCUGCAAAGCUUUUUGGGUCAUAAAAUUGUUUCUGCAUUUAAAAAAAAAGAAAUCUACCCCGCUGCAGUUUGUGAUAUCACAUUCACUCGCUCAUUUGAAGUAGCACAGUGUUGUUAAAGAUGUUUUAAAAAGUCUUCAAAUCCAUUUGUUUUUAUUGCAGUAGCGUAGUUCCACACUGGAACGUUUGGAAAAACCCAACCUUUAAUUUGAAAACAUUUAUUUUAAUGGGGAGAAAGGUUUUGGAGACUUUAACGUAAAUUCUUUCAGAGUUAAUGGCUCUCCAGUAAAACUGGUGCCGAUUUAUUUAUUUUUUUCUUUGUUAAUCAUUUCUGAUGGAAGUGUGGCACUUCUGUUGUGCCCAAUAAAGCUCAAGUAAAGUUUAGCAAUCCCAACAUUUUAGUGUUUUUGCCAGUACGUGUCCCAAACAACCUGUUUGCAUCCAGAUGAUGAUGAAAUCAUUACUGAUUCCUAAUUAGGAGAGCCAAAAAAAAAAAAAACUCCUAAAAAUGAAAGAACUACUUACAAAAUGCUUCAAGUCACAUUUGUGCUAAAUGUGUCCUUAGAGGCACUAAUAACUGUUUUAAAACCAAUUAUUUCAUAACAUGGGACUAAACAACUAUAUUCACAAUGUUUCAUAUACAUUUUUUUGAUUGUCAGAAAUUGCUACUGUAAUAAAAGCUGAAUGUUUUGAGCUUUUUUUUACAUGGCAGUAGAUGUGGAUGCCGAUGCAUUUUAAGUUAUUUGCAGUCUUCAUGCCAAAAAUCUUCGAAUUUCUUUCACACCAUUAACCAUCAUCAGCCCUAAUAUUAUUAUUACUGAGCUCGACUCAUGUGGCUUACUGACCUUCUCCAUUACUAUGCAUUGUGUUGAUAACAAGGAGUUUGGUUUGAAAAUGUUUCUUGAUUCACUGUGAACUAUUUUCCAGAGUGGUUCAGACUCCGCGCGAGAGAAUAAAAUCGGUUACAGGAGGAUUACAUUCAAUUUAAUUAGCUCACUAUAACUCAAUAAAACAAAAAACUGGUUAUUCGACAAGUAGAUGAUGAAUUGAAGUGCUGUAGUUCCAACGGAUCUUCAGCUAGCAGGACUUAAAACAUUGUAUUUAACUGGAUGUAAUGUCUUUUUAUUUGUUGGUGUGGAUUUCUCUCAAAUGAAAUCAAUGUUUGUGUCUUUAACAGCAGUGCAUACAGAACAUUGCCUUGCAAAAGUAUUCAUUUAAUUCGAGAUGCUAAUGUAUGUUAGAGGAGUUUUAUUAAACACACCAACACAAAGUGGUGUGGCUCCGAUUUUUUAUUUAUUUAGAGGCAUCAGAGUCGAGGGGGCUAAACACAUUCAUAGGACCCGCUUUUCAGAUUUUUUUUUUUUCUUAAUCCAUCCAAUAAAAACCCAAUUGAGGUUUAUGGAUGUGUGAGCAAAUGUGGUGUAUGAAUACUUGCAAGGCAUUGUAAUUUGGCAUCAUCCAAUGGUCCAAACUUUCACUGGAAGUGAACUCGGUUAUUGAUGCUCCACCUGACAAACCGAAACGCAGCGGCUUUAGUUUUUGUUGACGGCGGCGGAGGGCUAGGUCUGCAGUUUUUUGACGCAUUUCUUCACAGAUGACUUGAAAGUCCAGACAGUAGCAAAGUAUGUGUAUGUGACAGAUCAAAAAUCAGUAGUACACCAGAAUCCUCUGUUCUUCUCAAGUAUUCAACUCUGACUGCAGUUAACCCUUUUCUUUCUUGAGCUGUGAUUAACGUAAGGCCUGGCUCCAGUUGUCUGAAAAAACCAAAAUGCCUUUAGUUUGUGUAAACUGGUACACAGCUGCUGUGGAAACUGGGUGAACAAAUCCCGAAUUUUACUUGGUUGAUUUAUUUUCUGACUGAUUGACUUUAUUAUAGUUCUUAUAUUUUUCUACAGCCAUAUUUAUUUUCUUUCUUUUUCUUUGUUUGUUACAUGUACUUUUUUUUUUUUUUUUUAAACAUGAAGGUCUACGUGGACAGAAUGACUUCCUCCAACUCUGCCAUGACAGUUUGGAUGUUGGCGAACGAGGGUCAACAUGACGCUCUCGUGUUUUGCUCAUUUCUUUUCUUUUUUCUUUUUUUUUUCUUUUUACGUCUCACCUUCUUUCAGCUGGAGAAACGUCAGCCCAACCACUCCUCCUUCGAGAGAAAAAGAGAGAGAGAGGCGGCUCACUCGCUGGCUUGCUGUUGCUACCAGAUUUUUGUAUGAACUCUAUAUGCAAAAUGGCUGCCGAAGCAAUUACUUUAAUGUCACACUGUGUGAAUUUGCUGCGCAGCGGGGUUGUUGCUGACCUCAAGAGCGACUCUCUGGAGGAAAUUCUUUAAUUUAUGGGAACUGAAGGGCCUCUUUUUGUGUGUGUGAGUGAGUGUCUAUAUUGUCUGUUGCUCUUGGACACAAAAAAAAAUCGGGUUAUUUCUUGCUGUGCAUCUGGGAACGUUGUAUAUCUUCGCUUACUUCCGGGAACUCAAGUUAUCCCUGUUUUGGAAAGUUACUUUCAAACAUUGUGGAAUAAUUUUCUGUACCAAAUUCUGAAUUUGAAGUUAUUUAUGGUCCAGCUGACGAAGAGAAAUCAAAACAGAGCACCACCCUUCCUCCAUCCUGAUGGGAGGGCAAGAACUCUUCAGGUACGACGUCGUCAUAGUAACGCUGUGCUGUUUCUCCAUCCCGUCUCCAACCAGAGACCCAGAAACUCAUGUAAACUUCCCUCUAGCGCUGCCUCCUCCUUCUCCCUCCGCCCCUUUUUUUCUUAAUGGACUGUUCCUCUUUAACCAAUCGUAACAUUUUUCAUAUUGUAGCAUCUGGUCCUUGUAUUUAGGCAUUUUUUACCUCCAUGUACCGACUAUACUCUUCAUAAUUCUUCUGAGGUGCACUGUGACAAACACGAUGCUGCUAUAUCAAGACUGUGAGUAUGUUGGUUACAUUCAAGCAGACGGGCUGGUGACGGGGAGUCCUGCUUGAUUUGUUUCAGUUGGAAUCCAUGUGCUGCCGCUAACGUUUUCCAGCUUGAAAUGCACAAACGCGGGGAUCUGUAGCUGUCCACGGUGGUCUUCCUCUGCAAGUAUUAUAGAAAAGAAAGCAAAGUGUAGCUGUUGUGUUGCUUUCUUUUCUGCAGCACUAGUGAUUCUGGUCAAUAUUCUCUCUAACCGGUGAUAGAUUUAUGACUGAAUGUCCUCGCUAAGCCCAACAUGUGAUACAAUUAUUUAGACUUUUAAUACAAUUCGUUUUGUUUUAAUAUAUAGGCAUUCAAAUACUGUUGAGCCAUUCAUGCGGAUACUGAGAUUUUGAGAAGAUUUGUAUGACAUGUUGCAAAGGAUAAUAAAGAUGCAGAUGUGUGUGUGUGUG